UCUAAGUGACAUUAAAUAAAGAAGCAGAUAGAACCUUUUCGCUUUCACCCCUCGAGAUGAAGGAGGAACAUUAGUCAUAAAAGAAAGAAAAAUUUUUAACAUUUCUUCAUUAAGUGGUUCAGAUAACAAAACUGUUAAGGAGACAACAAAUGAACCCAGUGGUAAAAAAGAGAAAGAGAGGAAGAUUGUCAACAUCAAAAUUCCACUUAACUCAGGCGGAACGCAAGGAGUUGAUGAGAAAACUUCCAUGGAACAUUUUGUCAUUGUUCAUGUGAAUGGUGAUGAGGAAACUGUAUGCCUUAAUAUGGAAAAGCUCAUGAAAUUAAACUACUUGUUAAAGUACCCAGAUUUCUUGGAACAAAUUUGUAAAACAUUUCAACCAUCUUACAUUUUAAAGAUUGAGAGGUCUGAGACUGAGAUUAUCUUCCCAUGUUCGAAAGACAAAACAAAUGCUUCUAAACUACUUGAAAAUAUUUUGUCAAAAGCAAACCUUGUAUAUACAGAACUUCCAGUUAAUGGAUUAUGUGAAGACACUGUUAAAGAGCAAUUAAAACUGAGCCAAGUUGACACAAAAGUUCACUGGAUUGUUGACUCAAAUCAAAGCAAAGUAUUGAUUGUUUGCCACAGAAGUGAUGAGGUAAAGGCUGCAAGAUAUGUAAGUGAAUCUAUAAAGGCUGCUAAGUCAAACAACAAAUCAUUAGAAAUGCCUUUAUGCGUAAAGCAGAUGUUUGAAAAAGAACUUGAAGAUACAUUCCAAAAGGACUUCCCAAAUAUCCAAUACAAAUGGUCUCCAGUUGGUGAAUACAGAUGUUCGAUGACAUUAGAUGGAAGACACAGAAAUGAAGCUGUGAAAUGGAUAGAAUUUGAAUGUGUGAACAGUGUUGGGCGAGUUUCAUUUGAACAUAUUAUGAGUGGCUGUAGUGUUGAUGCCAUACACAAGCUAAUAGAAACAUUACAUGUAAACCAAGGAAAGCAUACAAUAUAUUGGGAUAUUAUUGAAAAAGAAAAAAAUGUUUUAUUUUGUUCGUUAGCUGGCGCUCCUGCUGUGAGCCAUAUAGAAAAACGAUUGAGAAAUAGUAUCGUGCAGAAAUCUUUUGAUUUGCCCGAAAAGCUAAGUGAUGAAAGAGUGCAAACCUUACUCCAAUUUAUCCUUAGUGAACUUAAGAGUAAAUUUGAAUAUAUUGUAGGCGAACCAUUUGUUACAGAGCAAUCUGAUGCCUGCAGUAGUUUGCAAUUUUCCUUCUUCAAAAAAGACCAGAAAGGCUUGGAACCUGAAAUUAAAUGCCUCCUGGGAAAAUACAGAGCAGUUGAAGUUACCAGGUGCUUUGACCACAACCCUGUGAAAUGCAGUUAUUUUAAGAUUGAAGCAAACCGGGGCAAAAUUGAAAAGAAAUUUCAUACAGUGCUCAAGCACAACUGUUCUUUUAAGGGGAAAUGCAAGAUUCAGAUCAUUGGAGAAAAGAACGAUGUAGAUUGUUGCACAUCUUACAUUGACAAAUUAACAAAACAACACAUUGUUUGCCAUAUGGAAGGACCUGAUAGUACUAAAGUCAUAGGCAAGAUUGAAAAUGCAUGCCAUGAGAACUAUGUAGCGUAUGAAGUUGAGCAUGUUGGAAACAAAUAUCCGCCUUCGCCAAAAAGUCCUCUUAUGGUCGAUCACAAGUGCUGGUUGUUUCCAAAUCGUUCACAACUUACUGUCACGAAAUUGAGCUUAGAUGAUUGCCCUGCUGAACUGAAAGUAACGACGAAAGAGCAAGAAAGCACUUCGCCACCAAAUCAAACAUUUUGUCAGAUUGGAGAAGGAAGUGCGGUAUUAAACAUACCCAAGUGGGAAUCAGGGAAGGAAAAGUAUAAACUUUCACAAGCAUUUAAAAGUAUUCUAGAUGCUGCGGAAAAAGAAGAAACUUACAACAUAGCUGUCGCUGUUAUACCUACAUCUUGGCAAUCACACAAACACAUGAAAAUUAUAUUCAAUACAUUUGACAAUUAUGUGAAAAAAAGAAGUGCUAUGGAUCCUUCUAUUAAUAUGACAUUUUGCUGCAGCAUUGAAGGUACCUUUGAAGACUGUAUUGGAAUGUUCAAUAAAGCUGCAGAGAAAUUGAAGUGUACAAGUCAAUCAAUUACAGAAAAGAUGGAGAUUGUCAUCAAUAGUGGCUCGUUUGCUCAUGUUGCGGCUGAGGUUCUUGUCAACAGUGCUAAUGUUAAUCUGAAAAUGAAGGAAGGAAAGAUUUCUUCAUUGAUUCUAAUGAGAGAAGGUGAGGAUUUGCAAUCGACCAUCUCUAAUGAACAUCCACGGGCAUUAAAGACAGAAGAAGUAUAUGCAACCAAAGGAAAGUCCUGCAAAUGGAUUUUUCAUAUUGCAUUGCCUCCUAAAUCAGACCCCAAUUACAUGGAGGUCUUGAAUACACUAGUGUUCAACAGUCUUUGUGAAGCGGAGAAUAAAAGAUGUGUAUCAAUCGCAUUUCCUGCUUUGGGAAUUGGAAAAACCCUACAAUAUGAACUCAAGGAAGUAGCCCAGUCUAUGCUCUCAGUUGCAGAGAAAUUCCAAAGAGAAAGACGUCCUUUGUAUUUGAAGAAAAUGCAAAUUGUUAUCUUCCAGGAGGAUCAAAGCGUGGAAUUCAAGAAAGUUCAGCAGAGCAUUCAAGAAAAAAAGAAACCCAAAGACAUUUCAAGAACUCUUUUCUUUGGGAGGGCAAGAGUUCACGGUGAAUAUGGUACUCUUGACAAUGUUGAUAGUCAGGUGUUGGUUUAUCUUUGGGAAAAGGAUGAAAUAAAAAGAGAAAGUGCAGACCUCCAUCCUCUAGUUUCAAGACUGGAUUCCAAGGACAAGAGUUUAUGGAAGACCUUUAAAGAUAAGUUAAGUAAGAAAGAUCCAAGGAACUGGGACAUUCUAGAAACGAAAUCAAGCGGUAUUCGGUGUGAAACAGUUCUUCAUGUUCCUUGCACAGCCGAUACUAAAGACAUUCAAAGGGCAGUUACCCAGGUGUUAAAAUACAUUUCAGACAAAGCCAUUCAGUCAGCAACUUUCUUCUUCAACAGUAUGCAUGCUUUAUUGGUGAUAGAAAAGUUCCAGGUUGCUGAUACCAUUUUGACGGAAAUCAUGAACUCCAUGGACAUGUCCAAGUCGGAUUGUUCUCUUAUAAUACUAACAGAAGGCAUGCACAACAAAAGUCACCUAUUUGGCUACAUACAAAAUCUUGAGCCAGUUGAUUUAGCUGGGAAGAACUGUGUUGUCCUGGAUGUUUUUGGAGAAGAUAGUUGUGUCAAUCAACUAAUUUCUACAGUUAAACAACUGCAAGGAAUAAGUAAGGUAGAGCCGCACAAAAACUGAAGGUGGCCUAGUGUAACCAACCCGUCAGUCCGUCAAUACGCAUGUCUCUCCGCCCAUCCACAGUAUUCAUGUGUCAUCUUAAAACAUGAAUAACCAUCCAAUAAAUGAAUUAAAAACUGAAUAAAUGUUAUCAGAGCAACAAAAAGUUCCAUUACUUUUAUAUUAAUAUUGUCAGAUCUAUAGCCUGUAAUAUAUUCAUCGGAAUGCAUUCAUUUUUCAAUUCUUACAAGUACAACGUUAACAAUUACUUGAUUGGAAGACACAUACAUCAUAAGCUUAUUUCACUAUGUGUCCUUUAUGUAUUCAAGAAUCAUAAAUUUGUGAUCCAUUGUUACAAAUUGCCUCCCUUUUUAUAAAGAAAACCCUGUAAAAACAAUAUAUAUUCUAAAAAGUGAACGCUUUAAAAAUUAUUAUAUUGUGAAUUAUACAAUAAAACCACUCAGUCAAGUAGUCAAAACACUGUAUAAACUUGAUAAGCCUGUUUAUUUCCCGUUGGCCUUGCUGCCUUUGUAUGAAAAGGUUAAGUUAAUAAUAUUCUGAGUUCAAGAUUGAAGUGAUUGGUAGGCAUGAAUUAGUGGCAAUAAUGGCUUUUAAGAUACUGAUUGUUUUCAUUUGAACAUUGACAAAUGUUAUCAAAAUGAUUGUAUUGAUUAAAUUUCAAUCAAA